UGUGAACUGGGAGAUAUGUACUUGUGCUUUUUCUUGGUAUUUGUUUGUCCCGUGAAGAGGGAAACUCCGGGGGGAAUACUCAGUCCGACCAAGAGAGAUGGUUCCAGCUGGUUAAUCGACUGGUCGUCAGGUCGACCUGUCACCAUGACAACAGAAGUGGGCUCUGAGACUGAGGUGAAGGAGAAAGCAGAGGAGUCAGCUACUCAGUCUGACCAAUCAGAGAAGGCAACAGAAGCAGAAUCCCAGGAAGUAGCGAGUGCGGAGGGUGAGGAGAAGGAGACAGAAAAGGAGAAGGAGAAAGAAAAGGAGAAGGAGAAAGAGGGGAAAGGAAUAUCACGAUACCUGCCAUGGCUUAAGAAGCAAAAGUCUCAAAGCCAGACCUCUCCAACCAAGGAGGUGACACCUACUGAGGAAGCAAUUAGCACAGUGAAACAGGAAGAGGAGGGGCCUGCCCCAGAAGUGAACGGUCACGCAGAGGAAGUGGAAGAGAAGGAGGCCGCCAAGUCAGAGCAAGUGAAGGAAAAAGAAGCAGAGUCUCAUUCCAACGCCAGCGCAGACACUGAGCCUGCCAAGGAAGAGAAGGUGGACGAGAGCCCUGACAAGAGUGCCGAAGAGACCAAGGAGACAACAGAGGGAGAGGGAGUACACGAGGACAAGAAGGAGCAGGAAGGAGAGGUGCAAGGUGAAGGGGAGGGAGGAGAGGAAGGCCAGACCUCCAUUUUUCAGUCUCCUCUUCGUCUGGUGAGGAAGACCAAGAUGAAACUGGUGGUGUGUCGUGUCACCCAAAUGGACGGGGCCGACUUCACCUGUGAGGUGGAGAAACGUGCCAAGGGCCAGUACUUAUUCUUUAAGGUGUGUGAGCACCUGAAUCUGCUGGAAAAAGACUACUUUGGACUGUCAUACAUAGACAGCCAUGAACAGAAGUGCUGGUUGGAUCCUACUAAGGAAAUCAAGCGGCAGAUACGCAGUAACAACUGGCAGUUUUCAUUCAAUGUCAAGUUCUACCCUCCCGACCCCUCACUGCUCACUGAAGACAUUACCAGGUACCUGUUGUGUCUGCAGCUCCGUGAAGAUGUGGCGUCUGGUCGACUGCCGUGCUCAUUCGUCACUCAUGCUCUGCUGGGGUCGUACACAUUGCAGGCGGAAUUUGGUGACCAUGAGCCCGAUCAGCCACAGCCUCUGGACUACAUUAGCCAGGUGACCUUUGCGCCCAAUCAGAACAAAGAGAUGGAGGAGAAGAUACUUGAGCUCCACAAGUCUCACAGGGGAAUGACACCAGCACAGGCCGAUGCACAGUUUCUAGAAAAUGCCAAGAAACUUUCCAUGUAUGGAGUGGACCUACACCAUGCCAAGGAUUCUGAGGGCGUGGACAUCAUGCUAGGCGUGUGUGCCAACGGGCUCCUGGUUUACAAAGACAGACUUCGGAUAAAUCGUUUCGCUUGGCCCAAAAUCCUCAAGAUUUCAUACAAGAGGAACAACUUCUACAUCAAGAUCAGACCAGGAGAGACGGAGCAGUUUGAGAGCACGGUGGGAUUCAAACUCCAGAAUCAUCGAUCUGCCAAAAGGCUGUGGAAAGUCUGCGUGGAGAAUCACAGUUUCUUCAGGUUAAAUGCACCAGAACCUCCCACCAAGGCUCGCUUCUUGACCCUGGGCUCCAAGUUCCGCUACAGCGGACGAACCCAGGCCCAGACCCGCGUGGCCAGCUCCCUCAUAGACCGACCCGCACCCAACUUUGAACGCACCUCAUCGAAACGCAUCAGCCGCAGUCUGGACGGAGCACCAGUGAUCAGCAUAACUGACACAGCUGAGAAUGGACGAGAGCCCCACCUGGAGCUCCACUCUGACUCUAAGGUUGAGGAGGUGGACUUAAGCCCUGGUGAUGUUGAAGCCACAUCUGCCCAGAGUCCAUUGAGAGUGCAUGGGGACAAUAUUUAUGUGAGGCACAGUAAUUUAAUGUUGGAGGACCAUGAUAAGACCCAAGACGAGGUUCUGAAACACCAAGCUAGCAUAAGCCAGCUAAAACGCUCCUUUAUGGAGGCGCCACCUCCCUCUCCUCCUCAGCUCAACCAGUGGGAGAAACGUCUCACCUCCUCCCCCGCCACAACAAUACGUGUUCAACAGCAACAAGUGAGCCUUGAAGAGGAGAUAGCCUCUGUACUCCUGAGUAGACCCUCAUGCGCUGGCGUUUUUUCAGCCGCUGAAGCUGUCUGCAGUUUCCCCGAUCCGACACUAGAUGCCGCUCUAACCGCACGUUCUGCCGCUGCGCUCUCUGCCACCGAGGUGAGUGAGCCCCGCGUGGAAGCAGCCGCAGCCGCAGCCGAUAGUACGAUCUCUGAUACCAAAGAGCCUGCAAAGACGGGCGAAGUUGAAAUCGAAGAAACUGUUGUCGUCAAAGAAGUUUCCAAAGCAACCAAACCUGGACUUGUCACAGUCACAGUUACAAGCAGUUCUCCUGAUGGCCUAUCAGGCGACAAGGAAACAAGAGAACAGGAAGUGAAGGUUGAAGAAAAAGUUGUGGUCACGGUGGAAACGAAAGCAGUAAAGCAGGAGAGCAUUUCCUCUGAGAGUGAAAGUGAGGAAGAAGCAGAGUACCACCCGAAUGUCUCCGUAUCCAUCUCUCAUACACAAAUACCAGAGGAGGAUGAAGAGGAGGGCAAGAUAGAGGAGGACAAGACGACAGAGCAGGACAUGUCCGCUCCAUAUGUUGCUUCCCAUCCGGCUGAAAUCGUUCAACUCGCAGAAGAAAUCAGUCGAGGGGUAGAGGAGUCCCGGAAAGAGGACACAGAGGCAGCAAAGAAGAAGAUCGCAGUGAUGGAGAAAGAAGGUGUAAAGGAGACAGAGGAAAGCACCGACGAUCCGAUGAUGACGUCCGAUGAAGCCCUCAAUGGUCUCACCCCGACCGGGGAGGCUGUGACCGGGUUGGAGGAAGAGGAGGAGCCCAAAGUGAACGGACAAGCCUCUUUGGUUGAACCAGACCAACCCCGGCCACAGGUUAUUUGUUGCUCUGAGCCACCUGUGGUAAAGACAGAAAUGGUGACUAUAUCAGACACGUUUGCAGCCCAGAAAACCGAGAUAGCCACAAAAGAAGUGCCCAUCGUACAUACGGAAACCAAGACCAUCACUUACGAAGCCGCACAGUUGGAUGGUAAUGGCGACGGUGAGCCCGGAGUGUUGAUGACUGCUCAGACAAUCACCUCUGAAUCUCUGUGUACCACGACAACCACACACAUCACCAAGACGCUAAAGGGCGGCCUAUCGGAGACGAGGAUUGAGAAGCGCAUCGUCAUUACCGGCGACUGCGACAUCGACCACGACCAGGCCCUGGCCCAGGCCAUUAAGGAGGCCAAAGAGCAGCAUCCUGACAUGUCUGUUACCAGAGUGGUGGUUCAUAAAGAAACUGAACUGGCUGAGGAGGAGGAUUGACUGAACUCAGAGCUGAAGGGCCCACCAUGACUGUUGUCCUCUGUUGACGGUUAACGACCUUCAUCACCCUACGACCGACCGACCGACCUUGACUAAGUGAAGAGGAGGAGCUGAAGAACGGGAGGAGAAGACUGAUGGAGAGGAGUUGCCGGUCUUUCCCAGUCUGUCUUUCUAACAUGUCUGUGGUCCAUCUAAAUCACUCACUCCAAGACCCAAGUAAAAAGAAAAACUAAUAUCCUCACCGUUUCUGAGGGAACAAAAAAGAACCACUUUGUUAGCUUAACAUUUGUAGCGUGUUUUUAUUUUUUAAUAGUGCUUCUUUUUUCUCUUUUUUCUUUAACUGAUUGUUUUAUAAAACAAGAGAAGAUAGUAUGUCUUUCUAUAUUGCAAAAAACGAAACUCUUAGGAAUGCACUGAUAGCCGUUUCUUAUAAGACAAAGCUAGAUACUAUUUUACCGAUACCAAUAACCUUCAGUAACACUCAAAGCAAAUUAUUUUCCCACACAAAGGCAGAUGCUGUCGAUAUCAAAUCAAACAACUUAAACCUUUUUUUUUUCUUUUUUUUUCUUCGUCUUUUUUUUUCUUUUUUUCUAUUCUUGGAAUGUAUAUCAGCAAAGCAAAUGUGUUAUUGGUGCAUUCCUAAACAAAAAAAGUAAUUUGAUUACAGCUCCCUCCCUCACUUCACUAAAUUGAAAAUAACAAAAUAUAAUUCAGUCAUCCAGUUCAAAAUUUUUACAGCAACAAGAAGCCUGCCAGAAACAAUGAGACACAACACCAAAAAAUGUUCAAUGUUAAAAAAAUUCAACAGUAUCACUCAUUAAAACUGUCAGUCAGAGUCUGAUAAUGAUAGGAACUAGCUGUCACAUAAUCACAUUUUGUAGCUAAUGAUUACAGACAAUAAGGGAGCUGUAAAUUGAAAAUAUUGCAGUAAAAACCACUCAACCAGUUCUAUUUUUUAAUGCUUCUGUCUUUUGUUUCUCCCUGUUAGUAAAGUAAUUAUUCCUCCACAUUCCGUGUGUGUUGACUGGCGGCAGAGUAAGUUCAUUUUCAGCUCAGUGUCGCUUUUUACUCAAUUCUAAGAAGAGGAGACAUUUUCACAUUUACAGUAUGUGAGAAUGGAAUGAAUCUUAACUGGGCUGUAGAAUGUACUUUGAACUGAAAGGAAAUGACUUUGAACUGAAAGGAAAUGACUUUGAACUGAAAAGGAACUGACUACCAAGCUGGUGUAUACGACUUUCUGUACACUAAACUAAAUGAAGGUUAUAAUGUGGGAGCAGUAAUCCAGCUUUUUAUUAUCUAAACGCUCUCUCUGGGCCCACCCAGCGUACGACACUGACCAUUCCUACUGGGCCGCAGGGGGAACUAGGGAGCAGUGAACUGACCUUCGAUUGGGAGAGAGGACCAGUAAACAGAGGGAUAAUUGGGAGAUACAUGUGGCGCUGUACAGAGCCGACCACGGUCAACUUGGGAGAGAUAAAGAAAUUGAACAUUGAUGCAUGUUGGUCACUUUUGAGUGUCUGUCGUGUUUUGCAUCCAGUGAGUAAUAUGCAACUUGAAUUAUUCAAAGAGUUUUGUGCUUCAGUCAGCACGGGUACCAAAACAAUACACGCCGCUGGAACAACUUGACAACCAGUUCUGUCCAAAAUUCCGAAUAAUGAAAUUCCCACCAGUUCGUGAACUCUGCAUCAGAGCCUCGUUUGUCGUCAUAGUUCAGCACUUGAUUUCACUCCCGGCUUCUUUUCCGUACCAACAAAAUCUGCUAGACCUAAUGUGAUCUGGAAUUAAAAUCUGUUCACACAUUUGUAAUCUUGGAAGAGUAUCUUGAGCGAGUUUAGAAUAGCAGGGCCACGGUGCUGAUUGGUUUGAGAGCGUGCAGUUAACCGAUUAUCCCCGGCUCAUACACUAUGUCUAGAUAAGAUUAUCUCUAACACGGCACUCACUGUGUUGUUCUGCUGCGUUAAUGUGACUUUUAAAUGUUUCCGUUUCGAAAUAGUGUAUUCUACAUUAUUCUGCCACGCAAACAACACUCGGAAAUCUGAAUCUCUCACCACAAUACACGAAUACACAGAGAAGGAAACCAUUACAUCACCACAGUAAAAUUCAUCUUAAAGGGAAGUGUAUCACAGGUGCUCUUGAAACCCCCUACAUGGAAUCUCAUGAUGAUUUAUUCAUUUUCUGUGUCCUUUUACCAAGACGUUCAGCUGAAUUCCACAAAAAGUAAAAAUGUGACUGUUUUAAAUAUCGGUGGCAUGAAAUGGGUUCGACCGAGGAGCUUGGUCUACUGCUUUUAGUUGACACAGAUUUUUUAAUUGAGAGCAGAAGAAAACAAACACAUUUUACAAAAAAUUGUCAAUUGUGGCACAGAUUUAUAUAAAGAAAAACAUUCCACCUGGACUUGCCUCGGCCUUUCUUAACCCUCCUCUCUGACUGGACAUCGUGGCAUUUUACAUAAGAUUCAAGAAAUGUUGAUAAUAAACACAGUUUCUUCAUUUUAAGUAGUAAUCUUAUCCAGAUGAUGGAGUGGUAAAGACGGUCUAGGCUGGGAAACACUCAUCUGACCUCUGCUUUGCAGUUCAAUGACAUUCCAGAAGAGGGCGAAUCUUUAACCGCUAACCCUCUUCCAAAGAGACAGAGCAGCAGAUGACGGAAUAUUAAAAAAAAACUGUAACCCCUGGCAGCUUCGUAAGCUUUCGCUGUUUAAAGAACACAUAUUUGUAGCUUUUCUCAUCAUUUGUCUUUUUUUUCUUUCUGUGAAGCUGAUCUAGAUGUUGAAAGGCGGGAGUUGUUGUGCCCCCUUCUUGGAUAUUUAUAAGAUUGUCACAGUGUAUUUUUGUUUGGACACUGAAAGAGCACCAUUGCAAAUCCAUAGUUCUGCCACCAUGUCCUUUUUUUCUUUUCUUUUUUUUUUGCUUUUAGCCACAGGUUGAACCUCUUCUCCUGGGGCCUGGGCUCUCGUCUAUCCAGUCACAGGAGCUUUGGGGCUGCCCGGUUGGUUUUUCCAAAAUGUUUGUAGCUCUUUCUCAUGACAUUUAUAUGAGAUCAACCCAAGGCAAAUUCAAUGACAAAUGAAUGAUUAACUUUUAUUAAGAUGAAGAAAAAAAAGCUGCACUAGACAGGGUUGUAUUAUUGGAAGUUUUUCCGCUGUUACCACAGCAACUCCACAUUGGCACUCACGGAUAAGAAACGGAUGAUUGUACGCCGGGUGAUUUUAAAACUGUCAGGGAUCUCAGCACAAUGGAGGGAAUUGUUGCAUUCGUCUGAUCAUGACUUUGUGUGUGGGCAGAUGAAAUGGAUUUUUUCAUAAUUGGCAUAUAUUCUCCACACUUACAUGUCAGGCUUUGUACCACACUUUGGACAGAUGAGACGGAACACAGUCAGUUAAAACCAGCAUCAUUUUGUAUUUUAACCACAUAAAAAAAAACUCACUUUCAACAAAACUUUGUAUGGAAACAAAGUUUGGAAAACCAACCAAGCUCCCCUCGUUGCUCUCUCAUAGCACAACCAAUGAUCACUGGUAGGGUUUCUCUAUCUAGCAGCUUAUUUGUCUGGUGUCCCCCCACACAGCCACUCCCCACCCCCCGUGUAACACUGUUUGAAAUAAAGGAUUGUUAUACUCCGA